CCGACAAAAGCAGUUGAAAUACUCUUCUCCACGUUUUGAAGCCAUUCAAAGUUCAUCUCGACGCAUCGCAGGCCGACCUGCCUAGCAUCUGUCCAGAAAUCCGUGACAUGCUCAUGGAUGCCGUGGAUAGUGCAGCGAGUGCUUUCCGCUUCAAGAAUUCGCGAGCCUCUGUAGCCUUCCAGUGCCCCUGCAGCCCAGACGACGUGCAUACAGCCACUCCAAAUGAAGCCACUCCAACCUCAUCUGCACACUGACGGGGAAGAACAUUCGAGGAGGCCUUACACUGCUCAGAGGUGUGGCUUGGACCACAAACUGCUCCAGGUGUCUACCACGAACGACGCUUCAGCCACAACGUUGGCGUAGCAAGUAACCCCCCCGCUGCUGGAAAACCUGAUGUAGGACCUCCAGUUAUUCGAGGAGCAGCCAUCAUUGCUCGGACAAAGAUAGAGGUCCCUCCUGACCAGUCACUGAACUACCACUGGGAAGGUCAUGGGUUCAAGGUUCACAUACCAGCCGGUGCCAUUGUCAGUGGAGAGAGAGGGCCAGUGACGCUGUGUAUCCAGGCCAGCCUCAGUGGAGACUAUGACUUCCCAGAUUAUGGUGUCCUCGUCAGUGGAGUGUACUGGCUCUCACUACAUCCUUACAUGGAAAAAUUCAAAAAGAAAGUCACUAUCACAAUCCAGCAUUGUGCCUCUGAUGCUGGCUCAGAACUCGCCUUUGUUACUGGAAAGUGUACACAAACAAUGCUGCCAUACACCUUCACAAGACUAUCCUCCCGUCAUAGGGACAUUGAACACAAAGAGCAAUCUUACACUUACACCGCCAAAUCACUGUCAGAAGAAUCAUUUUCCAACUCAAGAGAGGGUACCAUUGAAGUCGACCAUUUCUCCACGUUUGCAAUAUUUCGUUUUUUGAGGCUGCGAAAGAACUAUGCUUUUUGCACCUACUAUAUACAGAAACGGUCAAAUUGCUAUGAAGCACACAUCACUGUCACACCAGAUCUUGCUCUACAAAUGAAGGAUGUGCGAACAACGUAUGAGAGAGAGGAAAAGGGUCCAUCUAUAAGUGCAUCAAUCCAAGAAAAUGAGGUUUCUCUAAGUUUUAAACCAGACCUUGAUUGCUCUGAGGGAACGUGGGAGAAAGAUGGCUGGGAACUUAAACUUCUAAUAAGGCCACCAAAGUUGCCAAAAGGCACUCUUGACAGUUAUCAACCAGGGCAAGUGAUUCCACACUUUGCCAUCCAGUUGAGGUUGAAGGACAAUUUGAAUCCUCGAUCAUUGUCACAAGAAGUUGAAUUUGUUGGAGCCGAUUCACCAAACUGCAUUGUCCUAUCUCGAGACCCCGCAUCUCAAGCCCAGGCUCCUUUUGAGAGGAUGACACCAUCUCUGUCUCAGCUCUCAGUACUGUGGACCCAAAGUGGAAGUAGGAUCGAGAUCAUCAGGACAGUUUCCCCACGUUGGAGAGAUAUCGGUGCUCUUCUCGACUUUGAUGAAACUGGCAGAACCCUGAACCAGAUAGAGGCGGACAGAGGUCGCGAGGGCGUGGAGUCAUGUUGUCAGGCCGUGUUCCAGCACUGGUUGGAAGGAAAUGGAGUCCAGCCCGCCACCUGGGCCACACUUCUGCAGAUACUGGAAGGUUGUCAGUUUAGAAACCUGGCAACUCAAUCGCUAUACGGAUGGUUCGUAAACAUGAAGAAAGGGCUGAUCGAGGCAUUCGUACUGGCCGCAUCGCUAUUUCUGCUCCUACCCCCAGUGGCAGACAGAAUAGCGAAGCUACUGAUAGCGAUAUGGCGACUCUACGACUCGUACGUGCGACUGUGGACCCUCGGCAGUGCUACAGUUCUGAUUGCGCAGAUCUGUCUCUGCGCUAUCGUCGGAUCCGCAUACCUCCCACUUCUGCGUGAUCGUCCGAAGAAGCGAGAAGAACGUGAAUGCUCCACUCACCACGUGAAAAUCACAGGCUGCAUGCAUUCUUUACCACCUAACCUACUACUAACCUACUAUAAUGCAGAGACAUUCCCAGAUCUACGUGCACUAAUGCCAGCAUUUGAGCAGUACAUUGUCAUGGAGCGGUUCCUACCAGUUGCCUUCCAAUAUCGACUCUUGAGCAUGGAAGAUAUGGAGAAGGUUCAAAAGCAUGAAGGGAGAGCGUUGCAAGUUACACACUUGAUUGAUCUACUCGAGAGAAAAGGCCCAGACUGUGUGGCGAGAGCAAUAAGCUGUUUUGAAGUGACCAGAGAAGAACUCUUGGGCCAUGCGGAGUUGGCAGAUAUCUUACACAGGGCCCUUGACAGGCAUAAGGGAGGUAAACAUACAGAAACUUUAACUCCAGGAUCUACAGACAAACACAAUAGAAAUUCAGAUGGAGUAGGUCUGGAGAAGGAUAUUGACGAUCUUGCACAGAAACUGAAAACGGAUACUGAAACUCUGACUACUCUCACAGAAAAACUCAGACAGACAAGAACUUGUAAAAAUACCCAGACGUCCUUUAGCAUGGUGAAGUACGUGAAGCGAUCGAUAGCCAUAGGAGCAGUGGCCAUUUCCUUCCUCCUCGGAUUCCCGGCAACAGAAGUCGCGACGAAGUUGCUUGCGCGACUCUGGACACUGUACGGAGCGUACAUCCGCAUGUGGCUAGAGCAGCACACGGCGUUCUUCGUCGUUCUGUGUUUCCUCUGCGCCGCAGUGGUGCUGGUCUACGGCAUCAUACUUCUCCCGUUCCUCCAGCCGAAAAAGCCCUACAAGAUAGACGAAGCUGUUGACGUCAUGCUCCCACUUCAUUCGCUAAAGAACCACUUCAGAAUUAUCUGUGAGAGAGUGGACUUUGCCCAGCUGCUGCCGCAGCUCUAUCAGGACGAGAUCCUGCACUGCGAGGAAGAGAUCGAUAGAAUCCAGAGCGAAUCUUCGCAGCGAUUGAAGACUAUGCGUCUCGUGUUCAUAAUCGAGAAGAAGGGAAAGGUCGGAGUGAAAGGGAUUUAUCGAGAGUCUGGAAAGAGAGACGAGUCAUCUCGGGCAUAA